CGGCGGCGGAGGGGGGGCGCGCAGCCCCCGGUCGGCGGGCGUCCUUCUCCGGGCGGCAGUGACCGCCCCGCCGUCCGCCUGCCUCCGCCCGAGCCUCGCCGCGGAUGGGGACGGGCGAGAGGAGCCUCCGCCUGAGCCAGCCGCCGCUUCACCGGAGCGGCCCCAUGUCCUCCUCCCCGCGCCUCGCAGCCCCGCAGCGCUCCCCGCCGUGAGAGCGGCGGACGCUCCGCUCCUCCCCGCAGACUUUGUUCCUCCCUCGCGGAGCCGGCGGCACGCCGGGUCUGCCGCUCCCGUGCAGCUGCUACACCCUCUUUUGUCUGCUUCGGUUCCGGAAUACUUUGCGCGCUGCCACCGCCCGCAGCUCUCCGGCCUCGGCAGCUGCCUCAGGGCUUCGCACCGCUGCCUUCCCCGCCCCGAGAAGUUCCCCGUUCGCUUUUAUUGCCGCCCAAGUUCGGGUUAUCUUCAGCUUUGUUUGAGAAAAAAUGGUGGUGUGCUGAGUGCUGAAAGGGUGAAGCGCGGGCACAGUAGGGGGGUUGCACUGCUUCCCUCGGUGGGAGCACACCUCGCUGCUCGAAUAAAUCUCUCCUCGGGCAGCCAGAAGCCGCUUUGGAGCAGACUUUGAAGCAGAGUGGUCAGGAGCAACUUGGGGGUGCGGAGUGGGCUCUCCUGAUAUCCCAUUGCCACAACCAUUGUUGUAUUGUCGCUGUAUUCAGCAGGCGCGCAGCUGAGGUUGCAGGAGUGCAGCUGAGGUUGCAGGAGUGAUGUCCAUUGACACCUGGGACUGAUUGCCAUUAACCACUGCUGUCUGCUUCAUACAGAGCUUAUAAAAAAUAAAACUGCUUUUCCUCUUUGAAGACAAGAGCAUUCAGACAAAAGUAUUCUCCUAGUGUGUCGUUUUGUAUAAUAUAAGCUUCAAAAUAACCUGUGGUCAUGUGGUGGACGCUGUACUUAUAGUGCUUAUGGGACUGAGGGCUGUAUCGCUCAAGUCAGUACUGCCACUAAAGCUGAUGUAGCCUCUGGCUCACCCUGUUUCGGUGUCAGUACUCUGGCAACUGCUCUGUUAUUCUUCAUCUGCUAGAUGGUACUUUCCAUUUGUGAGGGAAACCAAGUGAGUACCCAGAUAGAAGCAAACAGUGCGUUUCUUCCAUUAAUUGUGGGUUGUUGUUGGUUUUUUGUUUUGUUUUUUUUUUUUUUGUACUCCUUUGUAGAAGGUACAAAGAAAACCUGAAAAUCUUAUUUCCACUGAAAGUAACUUGAAUUAUUUAGCAAUGAAGCCAAAAGGUAUUUUGAGUUUGGAACAUUUUAAUGUUCUUCUAGCAAAAUACUUGCUAGAAGAUAACUUAGACAGUUUUUUUGACAGUAAUUGGAGACAUGGGAAAAGAUGUGUGGUAGGUAAGUAGCAGUUUAAGAAACAAAAUCAUAUAUGAUUUUUAUUUUCAUAGCAAGUUCGUUGCUCGUUUGAUUUGCAACAGUGAUCCAAACGAAAGCUGGAAAAGGAAUAAUGCAGGAGUUCAGCACACUAGAAUCAUUUUAUUCCAUGUAUAGAAACAGUUUCAUGUACAGAAAUCCAAUACAGUCUCACUGGAAUUGCAGCAGAAUUCAUUUUUAUGGAAGCUCUGUAAUCAGAUUAUAAGUGGUGGGCUGUCUGAAUUUAAUCCUGUAAAGUAAGGACUGAGUGAGCUCUGUUCUUGAAGCACUGCAAUGUAUGCUGACCCUCAAACAGGUGAGUAGUACCAAGAUACAUCUCUAAUGAUUACUGGUGGUUUAUGUUCUUUGCUUAGAACAAUAGGCCAGUACCUCUAUUGGUAACUCCAUUGAAACUGUUCACUAGUUUAGCAGCAUUACUGGACCUUUCCUGGAUCAAGCUGUAUUGUGAUAGGUUCUGCUUCCAUUUUCUUGAAUACUAGGCGUGUAACACAAAACACCUAUGCUAUACACAAGUACUCACCUCAGCCACAUCUUGUGGGUUAUAUGGUCUCGAUUGACUCAUGCCUUUCCGGGAACAAAAGGGGGGAAAAAAAAGUGAAAAUUAGUUAAGGACUAGAAUGUAUGUAGGAAACAGCAGGAGGAGACUGUUUUCAUAGUUUGUUCAGUGUAUUUUAGGAGCCAAAAAUCUGAAAUGCUGAAGAUCUGUGAAGACUUUGAGUAGAAUCAUUGAAACCAGAUAAAGGUAUGAUAUAAGAAGUAUAAAACCUAUGAGUUGCUGUCAUGAAUAGCUUCCUAUUUUUUAUUUUUUUAUUUUUAGAAUGCUGUCAGUCUUGUCUACGAUAGCAGUAGAGCUGUAGUGGAAAUAAGAGCUUGAUAUCUUAAGUAGUGAUGAUGUCUACACUUGACUUGGUGCCAUUAUACUUUUUUUAAACAGAUAAAUUACUUUUGCCUACAGGUGUUUGAUCUCGUGGUGUUGGAAGAAAGAGAAAAUUGCAAAUCACUUUUCAGCGUGCAGGAACAGAUACUGAAACUAGGAUUUGUUUGUGAAAGCAUGGACAUCUUGUCCCAAUUUAGAUCCUGUAAGAUGUUUCAGAUGCUGGCAUGCAGCUGGCAAAGAGAAUGUAAGGAGAACCUGACCACUCGUAGAAAGGUAGCUAAAGGCCAGAUAGAAAAUCCAAUUAGAUAAUCUUUAUGCUACCAUUGUACACAGAAGCCUUUAAAAGGACUUGAAUCUGUUUUGCAGAAACCUUGUAGUUAAGAUUUGUGAUGCUGCAAUCUGAUGGAUGUGGAAAGAUAUCCCAAAUAUGCCAUUGCUGUGAGGAUUCAGGGAGGUUCUUCUGGUAUCUGUUUUCCAGCAAAGUCUUUGUACUGCUUCCUGCUCUGCGCCUGCCUUAUGUUGCUCAAGUAGUAAUGAAUAGUAAUCAAUAACGUAAUAAUUCUUAGAACCUUCUUAAAAGGUUCAUGCGUAUCUCUUUCUUUUAAAACAUACGCACAUUCUUGGUCCACUAGAAAUGGUAGGCAUUGAGUUAGUGCUUUUGUUUUAAAAUAAGAAUUAAGUAAGGAGAAAUUUCAGCUUUUUUCCCUUACUAACACAUUGCCCACACAAUCUAUGGGUAAUUAGGUUCUUAAUAAGUGGAUUGUAGAUUGCACGGAGAGGUGAAAUGCUGACAGAGCUAGUGAAUGAAACUGCUGAACAGAUGUUUGGCACAGCUGUUACCCUACCCACUAGUUUUAGUAGUCUUCAUUUUGUGGAGUUGGUGAGAAUAAGCAUUGUUCUCAAUUUCCUUCUUGGGACUACAGUCUGACUGUACAGAAAUUUUAUUCUUCUGUUCCACUCCUAGUAGCUUCUAUUUGACACACGGUUCAGUACUUGCACUGUCACUAUAUUUGUAGUCUCUUCUCAUCUCAGUGUACCCCAGCAGGAGCAGAUGAGGUAGACCUAAUGGCUGAACACAGUACUGAAAUAUUCAGGCUAUACUGGCUGGUCUUCUCAUAUAGAUGUAAUUACAUUAUCCUACCAGAACUUUAUUGUAAGAUCAGUGGUUUUAAACUUUGUGUUUUUGCUUGGCUACUUUUCCUUAAAAAUCAAAUGUUUUUUUUUUUUUUCAUAACAAAGCUGCUUGUAACCUUUCAUCUACAGUACUGACACAGUGUGUUUGUAUCACUCAGUAUUCUUAUUUUGAUCUUUUGAUAGAAACAUUACAAAGAGCAUUUGGUUCUUUUUGAAAAUAAUUCAAUAAGCAGAAGAUGUGAAAAGGGAGGAUAAUUUUCCUUGAAGUCAUCGUAUCUAUUUUUUCCUGUUUCAUGCUAGGAAGGUUUGUUGUAGCUGAAAAAGUGUGCCAAAGAAGCGCAGAGCCACCUAACCAAAACUGAGCACCUGAGGAUCUUGUCAUCUUCAGUGAGAUCCAGCAAAGAGUUUGGGGAAGUUGAAGAAGUAUCUACUGGGGAAAAUGGGGAAGGCAAGGAAAAAAGGAGAGAGCUCUAGUGCAAGCUGUGAAAUCAGAUGGGGAGAAAGGACACAACAUAGAACUAUGAUAGCAACCGGAGGAGUCAUAACAGGACUGGCUGCCUUGAAAAGGCAAGACUCUGCCAGAUCUCAGCAGCAUGUAAAUCUUGCCGCAGCACCAGCCUGUGAGGAAAAGAAACCAGUCAGACGGCGACCCAGGGCAGAUGUAGUCAUUGUCAGAGGCAAAAUUCGACUUUAUUCUCCAUCAGGAUUCUUCCUUGUUUUGGGAGUGCUUAUUGCAUUCUUGGGAAUUGCAAUGGCUGUCCUCGGAUACUGGCCCCAAAAGGAACAGCUUUUGGCAUCUGAAGAUAGUGUAUCAGUUAAUGAAACCCAGCUCCUAAGAAACCAAGGAAGCAUUUUACUUCGUUUCUUUGAGCAGCAUGUACACUCAGAUAAGAUGAAAAUGUUGGGCCCUUUUACCAUGGGUAUUGGAAUCUUCAUUUUUAUUUGUGCAAAUGCCAUUCUACAUGAAAACCGCGACAAGGAAACGAAAAUCAUACACAUGAGAGACAUAUACUCCACUGUAAUAGACAUCCACACCUUGAGGAUCAAGGAACAAAAGCAGUUGAGUGGUGCCUUUGCUGGUUUAUUAGGGGAAGGAGAACUCAGGCACAGUGGGAGCUUGUGUGCAUCCCGGCUGGCCGCUAACACAAUUGCACCUUUCUCUGGCUUCAAAAGUAAUUUUAGAAUGGAUAGUUCUGCUGAAGAAGAUGAAAUUACUCUAAAUGAAGAUAGGACCACUGCUAGCCUACUACCACCUCUGCUGACUGACCAAUCUGGUUCAGUCUUGGGACUUUGCCCUCAUUCCAGCAAGGCUUCAGAUGACAAAAAUACUAGUUCUAUAAGGUGUGAAACAAAAUCCAUUGUAUCAUCUUCCAUUAGUGCUUUCACACUGCCGGUAAUUAAACUGAAUAAUUGUGUUAUUGAUGAGCCCAGUAUAGACAACAUAACUGAGGACUCUGAGAUCACAAGGAGUCGGUCCAGAAAUCUCUCGAUGGACUCUUUGGCCAUUCCAUUAACUGAUACUAAUGAAUCCUGCAAGCCGGCCAUGCUACCACGACAUAAUUCAUUUGUGGACACUCAACAUGACCAGUUCAAGUCUUCUGUGAUCCUCGGACCAAGCACAGGAAAGCUUUUAUCCCCUGGUGCUGCCAGGAAACAGUUUGGUUCCAACACAUCUUUGCAUCUUCUGUCUUCACAUUCAAAGUCCCUGGAUUUGGACAGGGGUCCAUCUACACUCACUGUCCAAGCUGAACAAAGGAAACAUCCCAGCUGGCCCAGGCUGGAUCGGAGCAACAGUAAAGGAUAUAUGAAAUUAGAAAACAAGGAAGACCCAAUGGAUAGGUUACUUGUGCCACAAGCAGUGAUAAAAAAAGACUUUACCAAUAAGGAAAAGCUUCUCAUGAUAUCAAGAUCUCAUAAUAAUUUGAGUUUUGAACAUGAUGAGUUUUUGAGUAACAAUUUAAAGCGGGGAACUUCAGAAACAAGGUUUUAAUAUUUAAAUAGGAAUCUACAAGAUAUCAUACAGUAUUUAAAAAACAAAACAAAACAUUUUGACAAGUGUUUCCUUUUCGGUGAAAAUUGUACAAGCCUGUUUUUAACCAAAUGCUUAAUAGCAUAUUAAAAUUGGCUUGUGCAAACAGAUCUUCAUCUUUGUAAGGCCAAGUUUUUUGUCAUAGUACCAUACAGUUGCAAUACUGUACAUUAUCAGUGCUCAGAGAGUUUUGGUACAACUGUUCCAAAUUUUUUCCAACUCAUUUUUCCUUCUGUUCUAUAUAGGCAUGUUAGUUUCUACCAAUUUGACUCCAAAAGCCUGCAUUAGAAUAAAAGCUCAAUUUAUUUAUAAGUUCUUUUAUUUAACAACUGCAAGACUCUAAAAAUUGUAUUCAUGUUCUAGAAUGGGAAGUGAGCCGCAGUUCAUACUGGAAUUGUUAAAUUCAGGCCUUUAUCCUGGGUGUUGUAUUUCACAUAUGGUACAUCUCAGUAACUAUAAUCUUGCCACUAUCAUUUGAGAAACUUGUUUACAUAUUGAAGUGGGUGGUUAAAGAAGAGUGAGUAUAAUUGAAAACAUUUCUGUUAAUUCAUUGUUAUUGAUCAAGUUGAAUACUAGUGUUGUGAAUUAUUUACUAUACUUUGUACAACAAUGUUUCUACAUACAUUAUAAUUUAUAUAAACCAGUAAUUCCAGGAAAAAAUAUUAAAGAAAUCUGAAAAUCCUUCUGGGGUCAGCUCUCUAAAGCACUUUGAUUGGCAACAGUUUUAAAAUCAAACUAUUUGGAUUCAUUUAAAAUCAUAGGAACAUAAUGAUUACAUGAUUUUAGAAAUGUGAUAUAUAGUAAAAUGAUAUUGUGACAUUAUUACGAAGAGAAAAAUGGAAAGUGAAUAUAUUGCCUCUCAAUAGCAAGAAGAUAAAUAACUAGAUCUCUAUGGUCAUAAUAGCUGAUACAAAGCAUACAACUCAAUAUGUCUACUAACCCAGUACGAAAGCCCCUUGCCUGAAUUUUGCUUUAGAUUUCACAUUGGCACGGUGGAUCACUGAAAGCUUAGCUGGAGUAAUUUGCAUUACAAGAUUUUGCAAAAGUUUGUGACUUUUGGAACAAUGUUCUUCUCAUCGCAACAAACUUCUCAGUUGGCAGUUGUAGGCUGGUUAUAAAUAAAGUGAGAAUUUACCAGAAAGUUUUCAUUCAUUUCAUUAAGGUAUUUAGGCUUUAAUCCUGCCAUGACUGCCGUGGUAGAGAAUGUCACUUCUGGUUGCAAGGCUCACCUAGCAGGAUGCUGGUCUUAAUUGGUCACUUCGGAUAUGUACACUUAACUUAAAUGCUCAGGAAUUAUUUUAAAAGGCUUUUCCCAAAAAGAAUCAAACCCGUAAAAACAUUGUUGUACUUCAGUUGGUUAUGAAAGAUCAAAGAUAAAAACAUUCUUUUUUUUUUUAAAUAUUCAGCUCCGAGUUUCAACUGCGCAAUGUUUAUGUAUCAGGAGCAUUACUUGCUCAGUGAAUUGAGGCAUAGUGUUAACUAUUAGAGCCUCAAGCCUAUAUAUUGUAAUAAAGUUGGCUAAAUAUUUUGCUAUGAAGCUUUUAAUAACUUUCUGGUUUGUGUUCUUAAGACAUUUGCUAUUUUUUGAAACAAAAAUAAAAUGUGUAUCUAUGUAUCUUAUCUAUGUAAGACAUUUUUUCCUCAAUAAUCUCAAUUCUUCCAUUUUGAAGUAUAAUUAGGUAUCAUAGUGCUGUAAAUAAUAUUAUGCUAAAUACAUUAGCCCUCCACUAGAUAUUUGACUAUGACUGUCAGUGAUACCUCUUCAUGUGUAGAGGCUGAAUUUACUGCUCUUCUGAUAUUUAUUUUUUUAACAUAGUAUGAAAUUUAUUCAAAAUGCUUUUGAUAAAAGGAAAUUUUGAAUUACAAGAACAUCCUGUCCUUUUUAGUUUCACAAUAAGGAAGCUUAGACACUAUUAGACACUACUAUUAGACACUACUAUUAGGCACAAAUGACGUAAACUUUUAUUUCAUGAAUAGUUAAAUUAAGUCUUAGCUUAAAAGACUACUUGUUUUUGCUCCCUGUUGUACGUGAGAAUUGUCCUUUUUGUAGGUAUAUCAGGUAUUGGGCUUUUAAUUAUCACAUUACACUAUCUGGUACUGAAAAACUUACUUCAGAAAAAAAUUACCUGCUUGGGAAACCAAGGUGAAGUCAGUGACUUAAAUUAGCAAGAAAUUAAAUUAGCAAAUACAAAGAAGUUGUGUGAUUGACAAACUGAUUACAGAAAGAUUCCCAAAUUACCCUAAAAUUGAACAUUUAAUUCAAGUAAUGACAUGUAGAAGUUCCAGAAAUGAUCUCAUCUACUAAAUAUUAAGUAACAUGAUAACUCUUCAAAGUAACAAUAACCUUGUUUUGCUGGGUUUUCAGAUUCCAGACUUUAAAGAUGUUUGCCAAAUCAUUCAUAAGGCAUAAAGUCUAAGGUGCUGAGUCUAAUGAGAGGUAUAAUGUUUUUGAAACAUUUCCAGGACUCUAUUUCUGCCCAGAUACACUAACCACAAGGUUAGGCAUCAGUCUGGAAAUGAAGGGCAUUGCAUCUUUCCGUAUUCCUUGAAUGGUUCUGACUCAGUCUAGUCAGAAAAACUUGUAGACAUUCAAGAGGUGUGGUCACUAGCCUUCAUAUGUAGAGGUCAGAAACAUACACCGCUACAGGUGCAGCGGUCUGAACUCUCUGUUGCCCAAAUUCGGAUGGCAAGUAAGGACCCUGAUGAAGACAGGAAUGUGUCCUAAAUCUUGUUAUCUUUAGAGAAUAAAUAUUAUAUUCACUCUUGCUGAUUCAGUUCACAGACUUUUUUUAUGGAUGUUGCUCAUUUCGGUUAUUGAUGCUCUAUACAGCCCCCACAGUGACAGUACAACUGCAGGAUGAAAACAAAGCCAAAGACAGGAAGUUUUAAACUAGCUUUCUUAUCAGGGAAAAUAAGUGUACAACUGCACAACAAGCCUUUACAUGCAAUAAGAAGCUAAGCCUUAUAUCUAGCACUCUGAAGAUGUUAUGGUACAGCAUUUUGAAAGAAUUAAUCCAGGAGAAAAUUGUUGAUAUUGUACAAGCAAUGAGCUCAGCUCCUUCCUCUGCAUAAGUCCAUCUAAAAAAAUGCACAUUUUCUUUCUCAUACAUAAGCAUCUUAAUCAGUCCAUGGCUUAGGGUGAUAUUAUGAUCUGUCCCUUCCUCCUGACAAAGCUCAUUAGGCAAGACAACAUUAAAUAAAGAGUAUGGCUGCAGUGAUGGAGCAGAAAGGCUGAGUUGUGUUAUCCCUUCCAGGAUUGCUUCUGUUCUUCCCAUGGAGUACUCAACUGGAUAAAAAUAUUGAAGCAGGGCCUGUGCUCUAGCCACACUGAUAUUUUAACUGCUCCUCUGCAGAGCCCAGUUCACUCUCCCUGUGAGCCAGCAAACUCAGCUGUUACACACAGAGCUGAACAGAGUUCAGCAGCUGAGGCUAUUAAGCACACAGCUGCAAAUAAUAUGGUUUAAUAAAGGGGAAGGUCUUGGCUUGAGGCUUCUCGGUAGUAAAAGGAUUUUGGUAUGGUGUUUCUUAUCCUGACAGCGGAUCUGAUACUUAUGCUGUGUAAAUGAUGGAAAGGUAAGCUGAUGUUCACCAAUCUGGUUCUGAAGGAAAAUGGAAAGUAAUGUUAUAAAAACAAUUUUGGAGUCUACUGGCUUUGGAGGUAGGUAUUUACAUCUGUCCCUAAUCAUAUACUAGACAGCUACCUAAUUUUGGUGUAACUGUAUUAGAAAGACUUCUGCAGAUGCUGAUUUUAAAAUAUAGAAAUAUAAGUCCUUCAGUUUCUCCUGAGUGAAAUUUGGGAAAUAGUUUCAUCUUGAAGUGAUAUAGCUUUUAUGGUAGAUUUUGAACUCCUGGAUUGCUUUAGUCUUAAAUUCUUACAGAUAUGCUUGUUCUUUCUAGGAGAGUUUCUAUGGUCCUUUUUGGGGAAUUCUGCCUUUUAUCUUCCCAACACUGCCUUUUCUCUGUUUUUGAUUUUCGUGCCAAAUAUAAUAAUAUCAUGAAUAAGUAGAAAUACUUAAGCAAGACUGUGUGCAUGCAUACAUGAAAAUGCAAAUGGUAUAAGUGGCCUAUUAUAAUACAGGAGUGCUUCAAUUAGUAUGACUUAGCUACUCGUAGGCAAGUUCAUGCUCUUUGUCAAACCGAACUGCAGAGAGAAUUAGUUGCAGUUAUCAGAGAUAUCACAUGUUAAAACAACAUGCCUAGAAUAAUCUUGUAGGUAUUGAUAUUUAUUUCUGGGGAUUUUCUAUUUUUAAAUUCACCACACUAGUUGCUCAGUUAUCCUGUGAUUCACUGUAGAACAGGUUUAACACAGAUCUUUCUGUUCUCAGAAUAGGUUUAUGCUAUGUAGGAAAUAUUUGUUUUAAUCUCUGAGUACGCGUUUUUUUCCACUGUUAUUAUUAAAUUUCAGCUCAUUAAGACAACUCAGUGUUCCUUCUCAUCACUCUCUUAUUAACAGUGCAUCCCUGCUUAGGCUAUGUUAGCAGUCAGUGCAGCCUAACAGGAGCAGAUCUGCAGCUAGAGAUGGGGUCCCAUUAUCCACAGCAUAUGCAUUUCAGAGGGUUUUCUUCAAACUAGUUCCCACCUGGUCCUGUUAGACUGAAUGUCCACUGUCCACUGAAACAUGUCUCAUGCUCCUGGAGCACAUCUUGUUUUUCUCUCGCAGGAGCCAAAUCAAUGCUAUGAGGUUGUUCUUUGAUGCACUGCCACAUCCUCUGAGGCACUCAAGGCCAGGUUGGAUGGGUCCCUGGGCAGCCUGAUCUGGUGGGCCAGACCUUCCCACGGGAGGGGGAUGGAACUGGAUAGGCUUUAAAGUCCGUUCCAACCCAAGCCAGACUGAAAUUCUGUGAUUGCAUGAAAUGAAGUAUGGUACACAUGCCAUAUGGUAUGAUUAACUGCAUGAUGGAUCCUUGAAAAACUCCAUUAAUUUCCUCACUGAAGCCUCAUGAUAGCUACCCCUACCAGCCCGUCUUGCCACUUCUGAAUUUGACAGUGAAUACUCAGCUCAUUUUUCUUCUCCUAAUUCUCUUAAUUUUCAGUAUAGCUAAUAAUUUCCAGUGUAUUUCCAAUGCACUAUGUAUCAAACCUUUUAGAAGACAGAUAAGAUAUAUUACAUAUUUUACCUAGGAAAUUGUUAUUAUUUCAAAAAAUAUUGAUUUAGUGUGAUAUGAUCUAUCUUUGACACAUCUCAGCAUUUGAUCUUAUUUCCCAUUCUCAUUUUCAGUUUAGGUCUUUGUCUUAAGCCUACCAUCCUAUCUGGAUCAGGCUUGUAUGUGUCUAGAUAGCUCCUGUCCUUCUUUCUGCAUUCUGUAAAUGCAGUUUAAAAGAUUACUAGUAUUACUAUUUUCAUUACUUAUUGGCUUCCAUCUCUCUCAACUCACUUAUUGAAAUUCCGUGCGAAGAUGUGUUUUCAUUUGCCAGCUUUUUCAGGCAACUGUAACAGAGAUUGUGCUUCCACAGAGUGAGAGCAUUCAAGGCUUUAGCAUUCUCACAGGUGAAGAUUUAUACAUCUUCUGUUUUCACAGUUUUUUUUCUUCAACUUUUUCUAUCUCCCAUUUCCAGACUUUUUUUCCUACUAUUCAUCAUACCUUUACGCCAUUUCUGUAAUAAUGCACACAGCUGAAAAAAAGAGACAAAGUUAUCACUUAGGUGUAGGCUAUAACUGGAAUGAGCAUGUCUCUUUUUAUGUUUUUAUGCUUUUAUUUUUCUUUUGCAGUUUCUUUCUUUUAUUUAAAGAUUAAUUAAUAAAUU